AUGAAAGAUACAAACUUAUCUAAAACAAAUUAUACCCAACAGAGUAGAGACUCUAUCAACAACUUGACAAAACCUACUUUAUAUUCCAUUUACGAUGACGAUAUCACAAAGACUGCGUCCAAUGACCUGUACGACACAAUCAACAUGAAAUCAAAUAAAAAUUCAUUAUUUGGCGAUGCACCUUCAUCUUCCUCCACAUCUUUACUGAUCAAUUCCUCUUCGCAUAACUUACACGCCUCCACAACAGAUCAAUUGUGGAACUCAUUCUUAAAGCUACUCAUACUCUCCAUCUUUGGUAUCCUUUACCAUGAAUUGUCCAUCCAAUUGUACGAUAAUCAUGAUUUGAAAAGUGGUCUCACUUCAAAACCUUUAAACUUGGGUGUUACCCUUGCACAAUCACUAACUCUGGGGAUUAUCCCCAAGUGGGUCAGCUACGGGUUUGAAGGGAUCUUUUUCGGUCUUUUAAUACCUUGUAUCGAUACUCUAUUCCAUAUCAAGAUUAAAAAGCACACCUAUUCAAACACUUCCAUCUUAAAGAGUUGUAAUGUUCUAUUGGGGGUCACUUAUGGGAUCCGUAAAUUAGAAUGGUCCUCCUCUCUACAAGCAUCAGGCGCAUGGGCAUUAUUGAAUAUCAUACUUUGGUUAUUCUUUGAUGGAACCAUCUCCAUGUUUUUAUCAUGUGGUGUCAUAGGGAUAUGUUGUUCCACAGUGUGUUGGAUUCUAAUGGAUUGGAAAUCAGAAUUCGGCCAAUUGUUAUAUUUCGUUGAUUUCUAUUUCUUAGGUUUAUUAUUAUUUGGACAAUUGGGUCGUUACCUUUUUAAAGCAUAA